AGAGAGAGAGAGAGAGCCCAAAACUCCAAAAGAGAAAAUCAUGUCUUCCUUUCCUUCUUCUGCUUCGUGAACUCAAUUUAAUGUUGGCUUGGAGUCCGUUCUGUUUGAGAGAGAAAGAGCCCAAAAAGGGGGAGAGAGAGAGAGAGAGAGAGAGAGAGUAGUGUUUGGUGAUAAUGAAGAAGGUGGUAUUCAGCUUUUUCUGACCUGACCUCAUUUCUUCUUCUUCUUCUUCUUCUUCUUCUUCCUCUGCUCUGCUUGAUCUCUGUUGGUUUUGCAAAUCCAAAGAAGAGAACAGAAGAACCCAGAAAGAUUUGAACUUUGUUUGUCUCUGCAGAGCUGGUUUUUGAGAUCUUUAGCUUGUUGAAAUUAAGCAAUGGAGCAGCUUUGACUUUGACCAGCUGAACCUCCAGAUUAUCUGGGUUUAUUUCGGCUCGAUCGCUCUUGGUACAACUCAAGUGGAAAUUCAGAAGAUUUUGAAGGAGAUACAUAUUGUUUUGGUAUUCUUGUGCACAAGUAGAAUGUCAUUCCGUAGCAUAGUUCGUGAUGUUAGGGAUGGCAUUGGAAGCCUAUCUAGAAGGGGUUUUGAAGUUAGACUGAUGGGCCAUAAUAGAGGAAAAUCUCAUGGAUCAUUAAAUGAUUUGCAUGAUCAACCUCUUGUCGUUCAGACCAGUCGUUGGGCUAGCCUCCCCCCAGAACUAUUGUAUGAUGUAAUUAGGAGGCUGGAGGAGAGUGAGAGCACAUGGCCUUCUCGAAAGCACGUUGUUGCAUGUGCUUCAGUAUGCCGUUCUUGGAGAAUGAUGUGCAAAGAAAUCGUUAGGAGUCCUGAGAUCUGUGGGAAGCUUACUUUUCCAGUUUCACUGAAGCAGCCAGGUCCACGGGAUGGACUUGUUCAGUGCUUCAUCAAACGGGAUAAAUCUAAUCUAACAUACCACCUGUAUUUAUGUCUUAGUCCUGCUUUGCUUGUUGAAAAUGGAAAGUUCCUUCUUUCUGCAAAGAGGACUCGACGAACUACUUGUACAGAAUAUGUUAUUUCUAUGGAUGCUGACAACAUUUCAAGAUCGAGCAACACUUACAUUGGAAAGCUAAGAUCAAACUUUCUUGGCACAAAAUUCAUUGUAUAUGAUACACAGCCUGCAUGCACUUCUGAGCAUGUAACACCAGCAGGAAGGACGAGCCGUAGGUUUACUUCCAAAAAGGUCUCACCUAAAGUCCCAACUGGCAGCUACAACAUUGCCCAAAUAGCCUAUGAACUAAAUGUGUUGGGCACUCGUGGCCCGCGAAGGAUGCAUUGCGUGAUGCAUUCUAUCCCGGUCUCAUCUCUUGAUGUGGGAGGUAGUGUCCCUGGCCAACCGGAACUCCUUUCCCGCUCCCUAGAAAAUUCAUUCCGAAGCAUCUCUUUUUCAAAGUCUCUCGAUCACUCAGUGGAGUUCAGUAGUGCACGGUUUUCUGAAAUUGUUGGGCGGCAGGAUGAUGGGGAGGAUAGCAAGACAAGACCACUGGUUUUAAAAAACAAACCCCCACGAUGGCAUGAACAAUUACAGUGCUGGUGCCUAAACUUCCGAGGCCGGGUAACUGUUGCCUCUGUUAAGAACUUUCAGUUGAUUGCUGCAAUUCAGCCUGCACCAAUUGUUGGCGGUGCACCCACUUCAUCUCAGCCAGCUCCACCUGAUCUGGAUAAGAUAAUUUUACAGUUUGGCAAAGUUGGGAAAGAUAUGUUCACCAUGGAUUAUCGUUAUCCAUUAUCUGCUUUUCAGGCAUUUGCAAUCUGCCUAAGUAGCUUUGACACCAAAUUGGCUUGUGAAUAGAGAAAAUAUCAGGCGGAUAGGUGGUAAGCAGACUAAUGACUAUGAUUCUGUUCACAGUAUCCUUUUCCUGUUAUCUGUGUACCUUGUCUUUCAAGUUUUCUUAGAAUAGGAAAUUGUUCGUUCUGUUGUAAAACUCAACUGCUACCUGGAUAACAGGUUAUAACACGGCUUUGAUACCAAAUCUUAAGAGUCGAUACCCAUGACCUUCUUCUGUCAAUCGAUUCAGUUAAUGUCCAUCUGCAUU